GUAGUAAGGAGAGCAGCACAAAAAUGGUGAGGAGAAGUGAUUUUCUUCGUGGAAAGAAAACCGUCUCUGAAGUCGACGGAAGAGUAAAUACAUUAUUGAUGCGAAAAUAAGUAGUAAAAUCGUUCUAUCACAAAAAACCCCACAUCAAAAUGGAGAUGAAACGUAUCGAUUGCACCCGCUGUGCGGGUGAUGGCCGCCUACGGUCAGGCGCUGGUCGUGGCGGCUACUUCGUUUGCGAGGCCUGUGCAGGUCGUGGCUACAAGGAAAUUCCGACACAGAAAAAGAAUGUACAGCGGACCUCAUCGAUAGGUUCUGGCGGAGGAGGUGGGUCGAGUUCUAGUACGGGAAAGUUAAGGGUCGAGCUAGAUCUAGAACUUGAAAGGAAAAUUGCGACGUCUUUCGCCACUCGUCUCGUAAACAACAGACUUGGAUGAAGAAAUUAAGAUUCUUGCAUGUUUGAGACAGUUGCCACGUCGUAUUUCGACAGCUCCAAUUUUCAAACAAGCAAAUGGAACGAGUGCUGCUCCUGUAGGGGUCGAGCAAGUCGAACUCGAGGAGCGUGGGGGUGGAGGUGCGGCAAAGAACAAUGCGGGUGCUACGACUAGAGGCAAUUCAACGGGGAGUGGUUCCGGAUCGGGUGCUAAAAAGGGAACCGGAGCAGGCGCUGGUGCAGCUGCUUCUUCUACGACGAGAGGCAAUUCAUCAUCUUCAACUGGCGGAGCGGCAAGUACAGGUCGUACUCCUGCUAGUGCUGGGUCCGGUGCUCGACAGUCGCAGACGAACAACGGGAACACAACAAGAGGAGGCGGAGGCACUACAGCUGCUGUAGCAGGCGGAUCUGCAAAUCAAGGCAAUGGUGGAGAUCAAGAACAAGGAGAACCUCAGCAGGAAGAACCUCAGCAGAGAAGAAAACGAGUAUCAUUCGACCGAGAUGACGAUGGACAGUUGAAAAUGAGUCUCAACUUCAACCUAUCCUACAUAGGAAAAGGGGUCACUUUAUGGCAGAUUGAUGUUAUUGCUGGUUUUUGUGGGUCCUCAGUAGAAUGCUUGUUGUGUUGUUGUACCGUAGUUGUACUGUACUAGCCAGUAUAUUAUAGAUACUUGGCACACACUCACACAACAAGUACAAGAAGAAGAAGGAUGCACAAAAAGCCAUGAUCCCGAGUUCUAAUUCCUAUGGUUCUCUGCGUGGUGGGGCUGCUGAUUGUAGUGGCGAACAAGUCAGAUGGAAGUUUUAUUGUGGGGAUACUGUUUCUGCUUCUUGGAGUGCUCUUGGGGAUCGCAAUCUUCAAAGAGAAAAUAACAUCUGCACUCAAUCCUUCGAAGUGACUUUUACACCUACAACUGGUUCACAUGAUUAAUAACGCGCAUGAAAAUUGUACUAUAGUGGGAGGUAUAU